UCCUCUUCUCCUCCUCUCCAGCGCCUCUUGUCUCUCUUUUCUCCCAGAGGCUAAUGUGUGACUAACUUCAGAUCUGCCAAAAUGUUUGGAUCUAAACUCCUGCUGCUUUUCCUGCUGGCCUUCCCCUGUGGGUUCAUAUCUGUCGGUCGAGUUUAUGCAGAGGCAGACUCUGCAGAGGACGCCGCUGAGGAUGCAGAUGCUGCUGUAGACGAGGAGGAAGAUGAAGACGAGAUGCUCGUUGACGAAGAUCAAAUCCAAACCCCGGACGGAGGAGAAGACGACCCUGAUGAAGCGGAUGAAAAAGUUGUAACUUCCCACCCUGAUGCAGACACCACCAUCAUCUUCACCACAGGCGAAGAGUUUCUUGCCAAUGAAAUUGUGAGGUUCCUCGUGGGUUUCACCAAUAAAGGAGGCCAGACUUUCACAGUUCAGUCCCUGGAAGCUUCUUUCCGUUAUCCCCAAGAUUUCCAGUUCUACAUUCAGAACUUCACGGCGCUGCCCCUGAACACCGUGGUCCAGCCCCAGGCUCAGGCCUCCUUCGAGUACUCGUUUAUCCCGGCUCAGCCCAUGGCGGGCCGACCGUUCGGUCUGGUCAUCCUCCUUAACUACCUGGACUCUGAGGGCCACGUGUUCCAGUCGGCCAUUUACAACCAGACCGUCACCAUAACGGAGCGAGAAGAGGGACUGGAUGGAGAAACAAUGUUCAUGUACGUGUUCCUGGGUGGACUGGUUCUCCUGCUGCUCUUUGGGAUGUAUCAGGUUCUGGAGACCAGGACGAGGAAAAGGCUUCCUGUGAAAAUAGAGAAGGGUACCACUGGAGUAAACGACGUAGACAUCAGCUGGAUUCCCCAGGAGACUCUUAAUGCCAUGAAACCUUCGCCAAAAACAUCUCCACGGAAACGAACCAAGAGGGCAGCCGGGGCCGACCAGUAACCCUGACUCGCCGUACUGGGCCUCUUUGCCUUUCCAUUCACAAAGGAUCAAGCUUUUGGCUUUUCAAGACACUAAAGAGACAUUAAGACACAUUUUAAAGAUACAUUUGUUUUCAAAAAUCAACAUUUAUGUAGUGAAACUUGUUGGAGCUGUGGUACAAACUGCCAGACGGAAGCUGUGAAGCCAAAACUGUGUUAAAGAGGUUUGCUCCCUGCUUUAUCAGGAUAAAACCAAUAAUCUGACUUUAAACCAGAAGUAUUUUAUUUGUUGGUCAAGUUUUAUUUUGAUCCUUCUUCUUUAAAUCCAACGCAUCUAAACCUUACUUACUAACUUGGAGCCUUGUAAAGUCUUUUGUUUGUGCUUUUAUUUUCUUUAAGAGUAACAACGGCAGCUGUUAUGAACUAUCAAUCUUUUCCCAACUUUUUUACAGGUUUAUUUACCUGUUUUAUUCUCUCCUCCUCAAAGAUGGAGGCUUUUAUCCUCUUGAUGAGGUGUUUCGCAUACUCCAUCCAUAUGAAUGGAUAAGUCCGUUUUUCAUAGUGUUGGUGUUAAAUACAGGUCAUGAAAGUUCAUCAGCUUUAUAAACUGGGUAAAAGCCAAAUAAAGUACUAAAAUAUGGA